UCCAAGCAGCUAGAGAACAGGAGCUCCGACCCCUCAGUUUCAUUCCAGGAAAGACACUUCAUUCCUUCUGAAGGACGAGAGCUCACUUCAAACAUGGUUGAUAGAAGCAUUGCACUGGAGGCUCUGGGAGCACUCUGCAAUGGCAACGUGACGUCUGUCCAGCAACAAGCAUCACCAGCUUUUUCGCCCAGAGCGAAUCAUCAUGCUGGACCACGGCAGAAUCUGUCCAUCAAGCUACUCAUCCCGACUGUCAUUGAUGGAGAUGAACACUCCCAUGUGUCAAGAUCCUGCUUCUACUGCAUCAAGUCCAUUCUGGAAACCAGUGGUGUAGCUCCCAGGUCCGCACUGGACGAGACGGUUGUUGAAAUCAAGAAGAAUCUCAUUAUGGAUGAGGAAGAAUUCUUUGCCCCAGGGUAUGACUAUGAUUUCACCAAGCUGACUGAGACCGAGACCUAUUGGAGAGGUGGAGAGAAGUACGAGCGUCCAUGUGGUUGGUACCGAUUUGGACUCAAGGUGCUGGACAAGUAUCCUGGGAAUACCUGGCUGGGAACCAGGUACCGUAGCACCCAGUCAAGCCCAGGGGAGUGGCCUGUGUCUUACCAUGGGACAUCAAAGACAGGUGCAGACGGCAUCAUCGGAGAUCACUUCAAGCCAGGACCAGGGCAGACCUAUGGCAGGGGGAUUUACUCCACACCAGACAUAAGUGAGGCGGACCGCUACGCCAAAACGUUCAUCUCCAGCAAGAAUGGCAAGACGUACAAAGUGGUUCUGCAGAAUCGAAUCAACCCUGCGUACAGAAAGAAGUACGUUAACGACCUCUACUGGCUGGUCCCCAUCCCAAAGGGAACAUCAGAAGAUAAAGAGCAGGAGAUGGUAGAGAGGGCCAUCCGUCCUUAUGGCCUUCUGCUGAAAGAGGUCUAACAGAGGAAGAUCUCUUUCACAAACACUCUGUUGUUGGGCUUUGAAACAAAUCCUGUCUUGUUAAUGUAAUUCGAACAAAGUAUUCUGAUGCUGUCACAUGUCAUUUGCAUAUCAAGAUGAAUAUGCAAAAAUAAUAUCUCAUCUGUAUGUGUGCUUUAUAGACUGGAAUAAACAACCUGCAAUCUA